UUUCUUCUCAUCUUCUCCCAUUGUUUCUCUCUCUGCAUUUCUUUGAGAAAACCCUAACAAAACCCCAUUUUCUUCUCUCCUAAACUGGAAUUGCAGAACAAAAAUGGCAAUGGCAACAUCAAAUGUGAUCUCCCACUUUCCUAAUUUAACUUUAUACCGCAAAAAUCCUCACAUUUCUUCUUCUUCUUCUUCUUCUUCUUCUACUUUCCGUCCUUCGUCUUAUUCCUCUUCUUUCAGGGUUUUGAGAAUUAGCCAAAAUUAUAGUGGGAGAGUUAUAUGUUCGGCUGCUUCUGCAGCUGGAAGUUCUAGUUCCGAUGGCAAUUCAAAUCCUUAUGAGGUGCUUGGAGUGAGCCCUGUUGAGGGUUUUGACAUGAUUAAGGCGGCCUAUACUAAAAAGCGCAAAGACGCUGAACGGAGAGGUGAUGAAGCCACUGCUGCGUUGUUGGAAAGGGCUUACGACAAGAUCAUGAUGGCACAAUUAACUAAGAGGAAGAAAGGGGAGACAUUUGGCUCAUUUAAGGUUUCAAAGGAUAUAAAAUAUGCUGAUAAGCAGCCAGUGGUGCCUUGGGGACCCAGGUUCAGCAAAUCUGAAGUCAAAGAUAUAUGCAUCAACGUGGCUAUAUCUGCUGUAUUUAUAGCUUGGAUUUUCAUCAAACAGACUGCUGAAUGGAAGCCGAUACAGUUUCUGGGUUUCGUGUUUGUAUAUCGAAUUUUUGAGAAGCUAAAAGCCUUUGAACCACCUGUAUCUCCAACAUUCACCGAAGACGGUGAGGAUGACGGACGGGGUCUACGGAUGGGGAAACGCCUUCUUCGAUCUCUUUGCCUAGUGUUUGGUUGUAUUGGUCUUGCUUCCUUGGCUUUCACUGGUGUUCUGAACCUGAUAGAGUAUUCUGGCAAUUAUAUACCUGCUGCCCUGUACAACAGUCAGGAACUAAUUGUAACUUCUGCAUCAGCCGUCAUUCUCUUCAUCCUGGCAUCAUAUUAUAGAUGAUAUGAGGAGUUAAAAUUUUAUUCGCAUAAACUUGGUAACAAAUUUUGUACUUGUUCUCUAAAUGUUGGGAGUUAUAACUGCCAAAAUUUUGUCAACAACGACCUUACCUGCUGUGCGAUAUGAGUACCUAUGUAGCGUAGCCUGUCCUUUAAUUGUAAAUUAGAGAUAAAUUUUCUCCAUUUUACCGUAAUGUAUGCAUCAGUUUAUUUAGCUA